AGAAAACUAGAGGCUUUUAAGAGAGAGAGCGAGAGAGAGGAGCUCAAGAAGAGAAAAAUAAAAAAUGGCAAUUUAUAAAAUCGCGAUCGGGACACCGGGAGAGGCGAGCCGCCCCGAUGCGAUCAGGGCGGCGCUUGCUGAGUUCUUCUCCAUGCUCAUCUUUGUUUUCGCCGGCGAGGGAUCUGGCAUGGCCUUCAACAAACUCACGGACGACGGAUCGACCACCCCGGCGGGCCUGGUGGCGGCGGCACUGGCCCAUGCAUUCGGGCUGUUCGUGGCGGUGUCAGUGGGCGCGAACAUAUCGGGCGGCCACGUGAACCCGGCCGUGACGUUCGGGGCGUUCCUCGGCGGGAACAUAACCUUGUUGAGGGGCAUCUUGUAUUGGAUCGCGCAAUUGCUCGGGUCCGUCGUGGCCUGCUUGCUCUUAAAGUUCGCUACUGGCGGAUUGGAAACAUCAGCAUUCUCGCUCUCGUCCGACGUUUCCGUGUGGAACGCGCUGGUCUUCGAGAUCGUCAUGACCUUCGGCCUGGUGUACACCGUGUAUGCCACCGCGGUGGAUCCGAAGAAGGGCAACGUCGGGAUUGUCGCGCCCAUUGCCAUCGGCUUCAUAGUCGGUGCCAACAUCUUGGCUGGCGGCGCGUUCGACGGCGCCUCCAUGAACCCGGCCAUCUCCUUCGGCCCGGCCGUGGUCAGCUGGUCAUGGGACAACCACUGGGUAUACUGGCUCGGCCCGCUCAUUGGCGCCGGUAUCGCGGCUAUCGUGUACGACAAUAUUUUCAUCGGCGACAACACGCACGAGCCUCUUCCGACCGCCGAUUUCUAGGGCUUUUUCGUUGAUCUUGUUUAAUUCGGUGAAAUGCAAAAAUAAUUGUUCUUUUUUGUCAGGCAUGUAGCGAGAAGUUGGGUUUGUUACAUUGUAACAAAACAAAAAAAUGGUGUUGUUUGUGUCUCAUAUUUUAUUUUCGGAGUAUCGUUUCUUGUACCUUGUUAA